AUGUGGCUGUGCACGCUGGCCUUCACCCCCAUCUUGUUGGCAGUGUCGGGUGUCACUACUGAUGAGAAUGAGUUUUGUGUUGGCAGUCCUGGUAUCCCUGGAGCACCUGGAUCCCAUGGCCUUCCAGGCAGAGAUGGGAGAGAUGGUAUCAAAGGAGACCCUGGACCUCCAGGUCCCAUGGGUCCCCCUGGAGGAAUGCCAGGCCUUCCUGGGCGUGAUGGACUGACCGGAGCCCCUGGUAUUGCUGGAGAGCGUGGAGACAAAGGAGAGCCUGGAGAAAGGGGCCUUCCAGGUUUUCCAGCUUAUCUAGACGAGGAGCUCCAAGGCACACUCCACGACAUCAGACAUCAAAUUCUGCAGUCAGUGGGAGUCCUCAGCCUGCAGGGAUCCAUGCUGAGAGUGGGAGAGAAGGUCUUCUCCACCAAUGGACAGUCAGUCAAUUUUGAUGCCAUUCAAGAGACAUGUGCCAGGGCAGGUGGUCGCAUAGCUGUCCCAAGGAGCCCAGAGGAGAACGCAGCAAUUGCCAGCAUUGUGAAGAAGCACAACACUUAUGCCUACCUGGGCCUGGCUGAGGGCCCCACCACUGGGGAGUUCUACUACCUGGACAAUGAUCCUGUGAACUACACGAACUGGUACCCAGGGGAGCCCAGGGGCUAUGGCAAGGAGAGGUGUGUGGAGAUGUACACAGAUGGACGGUGGAAUGACAAAAACUGUCUGCAAUACCGACUGACCAUCUGUGAGUUUUGA